GUUUCAGUCUGAAGCCGUUGGCUGCUACUGAACCGUUUGGCUCUUUUCUCUACUAGCGAGCAAACCUACAAUCUAGACCCAACUGUCCAUCCAGCUCAUUUUUAAGGGGAUUUAUCAUCAUAUAUGCCCGUGUAUCCAAAACACAUCGGUCAUUGGGGAUUCCAAGCACCGGAUGGCCGGGUCUCUGGGCCGUUAUAACGCUUUUUCGAGGUUUAAUUAGAGCUAGAAAACAACGGUGGUGGAGGAGGAGGAGAUUCCAUAUUAGGAGCACAGAGGAGAAGGCACCCCCCUUGUGUGAUUUGGAGCUUUUGGUUCUGAGCUGAUGGUACAAGGCCCUGACUGAACAUAGCGGUGGUGCAUACAGACUUACUACAGUGGCUAGCUGUGUGCGUGCUGACCUCAUGGUGUAACAGGAGUAAAGAUGAGCAUUAGCAGUGAUGAGGUCAACUUCCUGGUCUACAGAUACCUACAGGAGUCAGGGUUCUCCCACUCAGCGUUUACGUUUGGUAUAGAAAGUCACAUCAGCCAGUCAAACAUCAAUGGUGCUCUGGUUCCCCCUGCUGCCCUCAUCAGCAUCAUCCAGAAGGGCCUGCAGUACGUCGAGGCUGAAGUCAGCAUCAAUGAGGACGGCACAUUAUUUGACGGGCGGCCAAUUGAGUCUCUGUCCCUGAUCGAUGCUGUGAUGCCUGAUGUGGUUCAGACGAGGCAGCAGGCCUACCGGGACAAAAUGGCCCAGCAGCAGGCCGCUGCAUCAGCGCCGGCAUCGGCCACUGGAGGAAGUAUCGCCGGAAACGCCAAGAAUGGAGAAAAUACUGCCAAUGGGGAGGAGAACGGAGCCCACGCCUUAGCUAACAACCAUGCAGACCUGAUGGAGGUGGAUGGAGAUGUAGAGAUCCCUCAGAACAAAGCCAUGGUCCUGAGAGGUCACGAGUCAGAAGUCUUCAUCUGUGCCUGGAACCCAGUCAGUGAUCUGCUGGCAUCGGGGUCUGGGGAUUCGACAGCUCGUAUCUGGAACCUGAGUGAGAACAGUACAAGCAGCUCCACACAGCUGGUGCUGAGACACUGCAUACGGGAAGGAGGACAGGAUGUCCCCAGCAACAAAGACGUCACCUCGCUAGACUGGAAUAGCGAGGGCACGCUGUUAGCAACAGGCUCCUAUGACGGCUUUGCCAGAAUAUGGACGAAGGAUGGAAACCUGGCCAGCACACUCGGCCAACACAAAGGUCCAAUCUUUGCACUCAAGUGGAAUAAAAAAGGCAAUUUUAUCCUCAGUGCAGGGGUAGAUAAGACAACAAUCAUUUGGGAUGCCCAUACAGGAGAAGCCAAACAACAAUUUCCCUUCCAUUCGGCUCCAGCACUAGACGUGGACUGGCAGAGCAACAACACAUUCGCCUCCUGUAGUACAGAUAUGUGCAUUCAUGUCUGUAAAUUGGGACAGGAUAGACCCAUUAAAACAUUCCAGGGACAUACAAAUGAAGUAAAUGCAAUCAAGUGGGAUCCAACAGGGAACCUGCUAGCCUCCUGCUCAGACGACAUGACGUUGAAGAUUUGGAGUAUGAAGCAGGACUCCUGUGUCCACGACCUGCAGGCCCACAGUAAAGAAAUCUACACCAUCAAAUGGAGUCCAACUGGCCCUGGAACCAACAAUCCCAGUGCUAAUCUCAUGCUAGCCAGUGCAUCUUUUGACUCCACAGUCCGUCUCUGGGAUGUGGAGAGGGGCAUCUGUAUCCACACGCUGACUAAACACCAGGAGCCGGUCUACAGCGUGGCUUUCAGCCCCGAUGGUCGACAUCUGGCCAGUGGCUCCUUCGACAAAUGUGUGCACAUCUGGAAUACACAGACGGGCGCUUUAGUCCACAGUUACAGAGGGACGGGGGGAAUCUUCGAGGUUUGCUGGAAUGCAGCAGGGGACAAAGUGGGAGCUAGCGCGUCAGACGGAUCUGUGUGUGUACUAGACCUUCGGAAAUAGUGCUGCUGUUUGUUGGAAGCCAUGGACCGACCAUGAAUGUGUACAUAGCCAAAUGACUGUCCCUGCCUGCCCUGCGUACUGCUCACGCUUACGACUAUGGCCCCGCCCACCGACAGACAGGAAGCAGGAAACAGGAACAGGAAGCAAGCACCCGACACAGCAGGUCCAGACACAGGGAUGAACAGAAGGACAGACAGACAGACGGAUGGAUAAACGGGCGGACGGAGGCGCCCCUCUCUAUCUGUGCAGACUCUUACAGAGAUGCAGACGGGACGCCACGGAAAAAAAGAAAAAACUCAUAGACAAAAAAAAAAAAAAGUUACAGAUCCGUAUAUGUACCAAAAUUUGGAAGCUAUUUUGCUUUUUUGAUCUUUAAACCAUGCUCAUCGUCAUCAAAAUGAAAAACAAUGAAAAAAGUGUUGAUCUUUGUUACUAGUUGGAUCUCAUUGUGCAGACAUAUCAACUUCUCCACCAUAAUAUAGGAUGGCACUUAGUUUUUUUAAAUUUCAGAUCUCUUGUUUCAAUGUUUUUAUAUUUUUUAUCUUUGGGGGAGGGGCAGGGGCUGGCCACGUCAGAGUUUUAUUCAUUGGAGAAGAAAAAUACAAACAAACACGCUCAGACAUGCAA